UACUCAGUAUGAUAAUCACAUUUCACCACAGAAUAUGCUAGUCACAAAUCUCUCAAAACACACUACAUUUUACAAAUUCUUAAAAAAAUACAAAGUGAACGAGGUGGUGCGUGGUAACCAGUGACGACUGAAUAAGAAUUAUUUUGUGAAUUGUGAGUGCGAUAGACAAUAAUAAAGAGUUUAUAGUGGGCCGCAUAAAAAGUUUGCUUACUAUACGAAUUUAGUAAAGUUUUUGAUUUGAUACUUUGGGCCAAUUAAAUCGUGUACCUCAUAGAGUAUUUAAGAGCUGAUUUUGAUAUUAAUAUAGAAAUUAUAAUAAAGUGCAUAAAAUGCAUUUUAUGUACUGAAAAUAAAUAAAUAUUGCAUUUAUGGGACGUACAUUUUGUGUGACACGUAGCUGACAAAAGGCAAUAUGACGGUGGAGAAGAGUAAAGGCUUCCCAAAAACGGUAAAGCCAGCCACAAGGAAGGUUGCCCCGGAUGGUGGAUGGGCCUGGAUGGUGUGUUUCGGUGUUAGUUUAGUUAAUUUUUCCACCCGGUCGCUGGAGCCGUCUUUCGGUCUACUAUUCAAGGACCUUUUAGAUGACCUAGGCGUCCAUACAACGGGGGCAUCUGUGAUCGCCAGUACUUUAGACUCAGUCGUCAAUUUUUCGGGUUUCUUCGUGGGUCCAGUCAUAAAAACAUUUUCAUAUAGAAAAGUCUGUUUUGUCGGCUCAACAAUAUGUGCUCUGGGUCUAUUGUUCACUGCGCCGGCGAAUAGUAUAGCACAUAUAUUAGCUACAUACAGCAUAAUGGGAGGUUUCGGUGUUGGACUAGCUUCGUCGUCUUCCUUCGUGUCCUUGAACCACUACUUCUCCAAAAAGCGUGGUCAAGCCGUCGGCUUAUCUAUGGCUGGUACCGGUUUUGGUUUGAUGGUGAUGCCUCAGCUAGUCAAGAUUCUCUUAGGGGAGUACGGGUUCCGAUGGACGGUGGUUAUAUUGGGAGCUCUGGCGUUCCACGCAGUACUUGGUUCAACGUUACUUCAACCAGUGCAACGGCAUUUAAUUGAUGAACCAGUGGAUUGUGAAAUGCAGCAAGUGAAGGAAAUGGAGCGCAUAAACGAAAGCGACGAGGAAGAUGACGAUAAAUUCGAAAUUAAUCCGUUGGUCAGUCAUCCAAUGCCCAAAUUGACCACCCAAAGGUCCCACAACAACAUGAACCAUCCGUCAGUGAGAACAGUUGGUAUGCCGAGGGCCAAAACAUGUGAUAAGCCCUUACAGGACUUCGAGAAUUCCAAGGACCAAGGGUUGACAACAGCUGCCUCUUUGGCGGCGAUGCCGAUGGUGAAGUCCAGUGGGAGUAUCAGCGAAGCAGCCAGGAAGAGGAAAGUGUCUGUGAUAUCGAAUAUAUCAAAUAUGGAUUUUACUGGGAGUUAUUUUCAGCUGUAUUUAGAUACAGCUGACGAAGACGGGUUAGAAAUGAAGUCAAUAAAGAAGAGCGAACCUCAAGAAAAGAAGAAAGAUGGUUUUAUAAGAAAGUUUAUUGCUAUGAUGGACUUGGAUCUGCUAAAAGACUGGUCUUUUCUGAAUCUUCUACUUGGUCUCUCUCUGUUCUGGAGCGGGGAAUUGCAGUUUAGGAUGUUGACGCCAUUCUUUAUUAGGAGUUUAGGUUAUAAUAUGAACGAGACAGCGUUUUGUCUGUCCAUGACAGCCAUCACGGAUAUCGGUGUUAGGCUGGUGUUGCCGCCCAUCUUCGACAGAACCAACAUAUCCAAGAAGAUGAUCUUCUUCGUUUCAUCAUUCUUUUUGGCUGCAACACGAUCAGUGUUAGCAGAGCAAUCAGAAUGGGUACCACUUAUGGUAUGGCUCUCAAUUUGUGGUUUCUUCCGAGGAAUGUGUUUGAGCAACUUCACUCUAACCAUAUCUGAGUACUGCCCGCUGGAGAAGUUGCCCGCUGCAUUCGGUCUUCACAUGGUCAGCAAGGGUGUACUGGUUGUACUUAUUGGACCACUGAUUGGCUACGUGAGAGAUUUCACAGGCAGUUUCGCGAUUUGCAUUCACGUACAAAAUGCUCUUAUAAUGUCGUGCGUACUCGUAUGGGGAAUAGAGUACGCGUACAACUUAACCCGGCGACGUAAGAUUGUACAAAUAUAGUACUUAUACGGUACUUAGUAUGACUGUAUGGACGAAUUUGUUUUUAAUCUAUAGCUCGUUUUAUUGUUGGCUAUGGAAUUACGAAAAACACUUAAGUUUAUUCGUUACUUAGAAAUAAUUUUUUAUCCCUUUAUUACCGUUGGCAUAUAGCUUUAGUUUAUGAAUUCUUGUUUAAUGAAGUGCUGAACGCAGAUAAGACAUGAAACUCUCGUUCAUUUUAUAAGCAAGAAAUUUUAACAUUAUUAAGUAAAAUGACACAUUUAUUAAUACGCUGUGAGUGUCAAUUGUCAUUGUCAUAUGACGUAAUGAUUGCCUCGUAGCCAGUGAAAUUCUUCAUAGAGUUGUCUUACUCUUGUGUUAUAUAAUAUUUUUGGCUAUCAAGUAAAUACCAUAAUUUUGCGGGACAAGAGUAAUAUUAUCCAAAGUUAAUUGUCAAUGUCAGUAAAAAUCUUUCAAGUGAUCUAUCGAAUAUUUUUAUCAAUGAAAUAACACCACAAUUUUGCGGGCCAAAAAUUGUAUUAGUCAAUGAAACCCGCCAUUUUUUACUUCAGUGAUGUCGCGUAGAUGAUAUACUCGUAUGUACUUGUCAAAGUCCGAUGACAAUUUGAGGUGAAACACAAGUCUGUGAUCUCGUUUUGUGUCUUGUCUACGUUCUCUAAAAUUUAAUGAUGCACAAAGGCGGUAAAUUUAAAUUUUCUUACACAAAAGUACAUACAAUUAAAAUAGGAAUUCCGCCUUUAUAUUUUUUUAAUAAUAAAAUUUGUCUCAUUUAAUUUUUUGGUCAUCGGUUUUCCUAUAGCUCUCAAUUUUCGGCACUACCAUGACUUAAUUUUUUUAAUCGACGAAAUAUUUUUUUACUUGAUUUUUAUCGAGAUUCUUAAGCUAUGAUUAUUCAUUUAUUUGUGUUAAAAAAAACAUCUUUUUGCGUUAAAUAUAAAUUUUUUUUUGGUAAUUUCACCCACACUGCCUGUUGUUUACUUGUGUGGUUGGUAUGCGAUAUGGUAUUUUAAACCCAUUUACCCAAGUAUAAUCGUUUUAGAGGACCUUUUUACUUCGUAGCUCUUUUAUUGAUUGUAUUUUUAGAUGACUGUUGUAGUUUUUGAAGUUUUACGUAGAUUAAGAUCCCAUAGAUAAAUGCUCCUUUAGCUGUUGACUAUAUACGCGAUGUAGUGCUUAAGUAAUUUCAUCUAUUGCCUUAUAAACAUCUUUAUGAGCUACUCAAUCAGAGCUCACUAACUUAUAAAUCUUGUUUAGCGUUAGCGUCCGGUUUCUAUAUCUAAAAUAGGGCUGUCUUAUAAAAAAAAAUAAUAUUAUAGUUACCAUGGUAACGAUGUUGCCAAGGUAACAAUGAGAAUGCUACACUUGACAGCUGUUCUUUUCUCUAGAAAAGUGAAUGAUUCAUAGCUUUACUACUCAUGUUUUAGAUGUAGAAUUUGGAAUUAUAUGGGUCAGAGAUUGAGAAAUGGAUAUAUAUAUUUUAUAUAAAAAAUUAUGACCUUUUUA